AUAUGAGUGGCCAAUAGUCAGAACCGACUGUACGAUUGUACGUGCACUGUUUUGAUGCAUGUUCACGCCUUAUAUCUGUUACCAACUUAUCACGUCGUUAUAUGAAACCAUGACAGACCAGUCACGUAAUUCCUGGAUAAAGAAAGAUGACCCAAAGCUUGUGUCUGCAAAGCACAAGGACAUGUUCACUGAUUCACUGGAGGUCAGACGGCAGACAAGUGAUAUCAAAUUUGUAGUGCGGUCAAGAGAUACGCCACAGUUUAAACUGAACAAACCACGGACACAUGAAGAGAUUAAAGAACAUGUGCUCAAAAGCGACAGAGUGAAGUAUGCGAUUGAUCAGGUGUGCCAGGAGACCCAGCUGCCGGUGUCCGAGGUGACAGACCAGGCCAAUGCAGUGCUGGAGGAGAUGGCACACACUCUCAGGAUGGGAACUAUCCGAGGAUUUGCGUUCUUCCUUGUUAAGGCUCUCAAAGAGCUGUUUCGACGGAUCUAUAUAAAUGAGGAAGGGAUUCAAAGGGUCCGGAGCGUGAUGAAGGAGUACCCGGUGCUGCUGAUGCCCAACCACCGCAGCUACUUGGACUUCCUCCUCAUGUCCUACGUCUUUUUCUCCUAUGACCUCCCUCUACCUGUCAUCGCCUCCGCCAUGGAUUUCAUGGGUAUGAAGUUUGUGGGAUUAUUGUUGCGAAACUCUGGAGCCUUCUACAUCCUACGCCGCAGCUUCGUCGGCGACGACCAGCUGUACUGGGCGAUAUUCACGGAAUAUGUACAGACUCAGAUCUGCAAUGGAGACCACCCAAUUGAGUUCUACGUCGAGGGGACAAGGAGCAGGACCUCCAAGUCAUAUCCUCCCAAGUUUGGUAUGUUAUCAGCGGAGCUGGAGCCGUACUUCAAGUCACACAUACCCGACAUCAUGGUAAUACCGGUCAGUAUCAGCUAUGACCGCAUCCUAGAGGAGUCACUCUAUGCCUAUGAGUUGCUGGGAGUCCCCAAACCUAAAGAGUCUACCUCUGGUCUCUUGAAAGCUAGAAGUGUUUUGAAUGAAGAUUUUGGCAAUGUACAUAUCUUCUUUGGUGAGCCAGUCUCCAUACGGAAAUUUGCAGAUGGGAAGAUAGACAGAAGUAGCCACAAUUUGGCUCCAAGGUACAUUGCAAGUUUGACAACCGAGGAGCAGAGACUUCUGCAGAGGUUUGGGCAUAGCAUUGUGUUACGGCACCAGAAGCACAUGGUUAUCUCCCCUUGGUCCCUGAUCUCUGCAGUGUUGAUGCAGAGUCCCAAUGGUGUGUCGGUGAGACAGCUGGUCAGGGAAGUGGAGUGGCUGAAGAGACAGGCCUCCAACCUGGGAGCAUAUAUCGACUGGCCAUCCAAUGAGAAUGCAGAAAAUAUCAUCCGUGCCAACAUUGUUCUGCACAAGAACAUAGUGUGGGUGACUUCUGAGGAUGUGGUGGAGCUGAUGGCUGUCACCUUCCCACCCACUGUCCGACGCCAAGACGAGUUGAUGAUGACAGCUGCCCAGCACCUGAUGCUGUCUCUGUAUAGGAACCAGCUGAUGCAUGUGUUCGUCCGGGUGGCCUUGAUAGCCGUGUGUAUCAACUCCUGUGAGGAACCUACUCUCUCUGUUGAGACCAUGUUUGAGAGGUACUCCUUCCUGGAGAGACUGUUGAGCAAAGAUUUCAUCUUCCUGCCUGGAGAAACUAAACAGGACUUCGACCAUGCACUGGCCACUCUGAUCCACACAAGUGGGGUGAUUGUGGAGGAUGGUGAGGUCCAGGUGAAGAGAUCCACCAACAAAUGCACCACCUUCUACAGCCAGAUGUUCGAACCCUUCCUCCUCGGCUACUGGAUCAUGUGCCGCUACCUGUUGUCCAUGACCCCUGGAGUCAAUGGAAAACCACUGGCUCGACCACCAAAGGUCAUGACACGAGAAGCCCAGCUGUUGUGUGCCCGUCUGCUCCGUGAUGGGACAAUCAAACAUCAUGAAAUUCUGUCCCUAGACAUGAUGACCAAUGCUCUCCAUUCCCUCUACAUCAUGGGAGCAGUCCGCAGAGAGAAGAGGGAUGGUGUGACGUACAGUUUCCCUAACAUGGUUCCAUUGUCCAAAAUCACAGAUGAAAUUGCCAAAUUUGUUGAUGUUCCACCACUGCCUUCCGUCAGCAUCAACGUGGAUGCCAAGACCGUCACUGUCAACGCCAAACUGUAGUCCAUGGUGAAAAGUACCUAGAAGUACUAAAAGUAGUUCUUGGAUGUAUUGGAAGUAGAACCUGAAAGUAUUGAAUCCGUACGUGGGAAAAAAGGUGCUUCUUAGUAUUGAGCGCAAUACAAUGAAGUAUUCAAAACCUUUGUUGAAGUAUUGAGAACAAUACUACGAAGUAUUACUCAAACAGGAGCUCAAAUGGGUACAUGGAGGGUAGAAUGGUGACAAUUGUGAUUUUAUCUGGCUCAAUAUCUGUGAUAUAUGCAUUUUUAUCGACAUGGGUCUCUAGGGAUGUGUUAGGGGAUGACAGGGGAGUGUUGAUGUGCAACUGUAGUGCUCCAAGCUCUACAGUUUAUGUUAAAUGUCCAUGACAACAGUCAGUGAAACUCACAUUUACGUGCACAGCAACACUAAGGUGAAAUGGUAUGAUUAGCGGUACCAGCAUCCUCUGUUAUCAAGUGUAUUUGCUUCCAAUUUGUUAUAUACACCUGGGAUCCAUUUACUAGCAUGGCGUCACCAUCUCUGACUGUCAUAUUACCAACUUAGCACAGAGUUUCUCUUUUCAUGAAGAUGAACAUGAAACCAAACAGAAUAAGCCCUCAGAGAUAGUUGUGAAUAGAUUAAAUUUCAUAUUUGUGGCCUCAUACAAACAAAUGCCUCUAAACAUUUGAUCCAAUUUAAGUAUUAACAUGACAUGUGGAUAAGCCCUAGGUAUCAGACAUUCCUAGAUUACAAGACUAAGACAUCAUGUUCGAUGAAUUCAGUCAUAAAAGAACAAUGUAAUUUGAAAGUGCACUUUUAACUAGAGUUGAUUCAAUGUCCAAACAAAGGUUGUGCAUGGAUCCAGUUUCUGUUGGGUCAUCCAGUGAAGUGGACAACCAUAAUGACUCCUACUAAACGUCUUCAUCAUGGUGAGGCUGUUCCACCAGAAUUACCCUGGUGCAACACUUCAGUAUUCAAGAUAUUCUCUGUUUAAAACAGUAUUGAGAUCAUGAGUACUGAUAUUGUUACUGUAAAGUAUUGAAAUAUUUGUGUUUU